UACCUAGGGUUAUCUGAUAUCAGAGUUGGUGGGUAGGUACCUAAGGCACCUAUCUCUCUCCACCUUACACCCGUUAACACCCGCUAGGGCUAUCUACCUACCUAGACCUAUAGGGUUAGGUAUAGGUAGGUAUGUGUACCGCCUAGAUACAGGUUAGUAGGCACCUAACCUAACCGUAGGAGGGGUUUCAUAUUCGACAACCGGGGCGCUUUCCGGCGAAAAGGCCCUUAUGUCAUACUCGGUUUAUUCGUUGGUCAUCGUCGGAUAGAAAUAUUCGAUUCUUCGACUCCCGUCUGUAUAUCAAUCCUCAACCCCAUGUCCUGCGAAAGGCGUCUCGAUCGUAAGGCGUCUCGAUCGUGCCGCCGGAGCCCGCGACCUUCCCAUUGGUCAGAAGGGCAAGCCGUCACGAGACCUGGCACAGCAAAGCGGAUACUCUGAGUAGCUUGAGGCCGGUCCCCACGUGCCCUGCCCUCCUCGCUCUCUGCCUGUUCUGCCGCCCUCUUUUCCUCGGCUUUAUUUAGCCUUCUACCCAGCGAGCUCGACGUACCUAUCGGAAGCGGCGGUAUCAGCACCUCGUAGCCGCCUCCCCAGCGAAUCUCCGCUUCCCACUACCCCUCCUCCCAGAACCAGAGCGGCCGGGCCAAGAUGGGUUGGCUGUGGUCGUCGCCGUCGUCCUCGGACGGCCCCAAUCCCGGUUCCAAUUCCCGCGCCGCGGCCGAGAAGCCGGCGCCGACUGCCCCUCCUCCAGCGAAGCCAGCAGCCGAAUCUGAAUAUUCCGACCCCGAAAUCGCCAAAUUCAUCGCUCAGCUCCAGGCCGAGCUGGGCGGCAGCGGCAGCGGCAGCAAGCCCUCUCCCGAAUCCGCUCCUGAACCUGCGACGACGACGCCCACGCCAUCGACGGCGUCUUCCAACACCUCGUCGUCCUCCUCGUCGCCCUGGUCCCUCUGGAGCUCGUCCACACAGGACUCGCCGCCCCCUUACUCCUCUCGCUUCUCCGCUUCCUCCGUCUCCUCCACCGGCGCCUCCGCCCCCGGGCCUGGCAGCCUCGACCCCGUCGGCGAGUCCCUCCUGCCGACCACCAUGUCCUGCCGCCAGGCCUUCGACGCCGCCUUUCACUGCAACUCGAUUGGCGGCCAGUGGACCUCGGUCUACCGCUACGGCACCGCCCGCUCCUGCUCCGAGCACUGGGACGACUUCUGGUUCUGCAUGCGCACCCGCGCCUACUCCGGCCCCACCCGCGAGCGCGCCAUCCGCGACCACUACCGCCGCCGCAAUUACGACAAGUACUACGCCCCAGGUCGCCCCAGCAGCGCCGACGUCUGGGAACCCCGCUCCGAGCGUCUGCCCGUCGGUGAGGCCUUCCGCGAACCCAUCGAGACGCCCGACGUCGACGACGAGGAGUGGCGUCGUCUCGAGAUUGAGCGCCGUCGUAGGAUUCGUGAGGCCUUGAGGUUGGAUGCCGAGGCCGAAGCUGUUUAACCUUUCCGUGUCGGCCGAUCCCUCCCCGCCGAGCGCGCCGGAAAAAGAUUUAUAACAGUAACUUGAAGUGGUGGUUUCAAUUAGGUAUACACAAUGAACUCAUUGCUCAUACGUUACGACAAGGUUGAUAGUCAAAGGUUACAUCACCAAAUGUCGUCGAAUCAGAUAUUCCCUUCGUUAUAAGCAAUGUCACGAUACGUAUCACAUGUUGCAAUACGAGCCUAUGCGUCUUUUCUGAAUUAAUUCAUUGCUUCGUCCUAGGGUGAUUCCUGCCUAGAAUACAUCCCAUGCAAGUCAUAAAA